CUGUUUUGUGUUCAAGGCGGCCACAUUAUUCGAUGAUUUAAUAAAGGUCAAGGCUCCUUUUUAAAAUGAUUUGUGAGAUAUUUUCCAGAUCUCGUUCCUCCGGUUUUUGUCCCAGCUCAGACACCGUACUUCCUGAUGUGGGUGUGGACAACAGAUGACUACACAAAUAAUGGAGGAGAAGCUACACUAGUCUGCUUCUUCCAAGUUAGAAUAAAUAGUUUAACAUCAGAUCAGUUUCAUAUUCCCUUUCCUGGUUUGGGAUUGCAGCUGUGAUGCUUUAUCAGAAUGGGAAAUCUUUUUGGAAAAAAGAAACAAACCCGAGUGACAGAACAAGACAAAGCGGUUUUGCAACUGAAACAGCAGCGAGAUAAGCUGAGGCAGUAUCAGAAGAGGAUCAACCUGCAGCUGGAGAAGGAGAGGCUUCUGGCCAAGCAGCUGCUGAAAAAUGGCAAAAAAGAGAAAGCGCUCCUCUUGCUGAAAAAGAAGCGCUACCAGGAUCAGCUUCUGGACAAGACGGAGAACCAGAUUGGCAACCUGGAGCGCAUGGUCCAAGACCUGGAGUUCGCCCAGAUCGAAACGAAAGUCAUCCAAGGGCUGAAAGUGGGGAAUGAAUGUCUGAAGAAAAUGCACGAGGUGAUGUCUGUCGAAGAAGUCGAACGGAUUAUGGAUGAAACCCAAGAUGCCAUCGAGUACCAAAGGCAAAUAGACGACAUGCUGGCUGGCUCUUUCUCACAAGAAGACGAAGACGCCGUGCUGGCGGAGCUGGAGGCCAUCACUCAGGGAGACGUCGAGCUUCCCGAGGUUCCCGAAGACGAGCUUCCAGACGUCCCAGAGGCCGCAGAGGAGAAACCAGAGAGGGAUCGUCCCAGAAAGAAGCAGGAGCGCGAGAUGCUCGCUGUGUAGGAACACGGCCGACCCGCCGGCUGCUGGGAACAUCUUCUCCACAACGCUCCAGUCCAACAUUAACCUG